GCGGGGCCUUCGGGGAAGAUGGCCGCGGGAAGUGCUGCUUCCCGCCUCCGGGGCUCCCGGCGCCUUCUGAGCGCCUUCGUGGCCGGAGCUGUGGUGGGCGCGGCGGGAGGUGGGUUCACGGCCGUGCGGCUGCUGCGGGGUCCCGGCGCUGAGGCCGCGCUGGCGGGGAGGGAGCCCGACGGUUGUGCAGAAAAAGCUCUCUUGGAACAGUUUGGAGUCCCUUUAACUGGAACAGAGACUAGACAUUACACUAAUCAUGCCUUGUCAUAUGAUCAGUCAAAGCGGGUGCCCAGAUGGGUUCUUGAACAUAUAUCCAAAAGCAAGAUAAUGGGUGAUGCGGACAGAAAACAUUGUAAAUUCAAGCCUGAUCCCAACAUCCCUGCAACCUUCAGUGCCUUCAAUGAGGACUAUGUUGGGAGUGGGUGGUCCCGAGGACACAUGGCGCCGGCAGGAAACAACAAAUUUUCAUCUCAAGCCAUGGCUGAAACCUUCUACCUUUCUAAUAUUGUGCCUCAGAAUUUUGAUAAUAAUGCUGGAUACUGGAACAGAAUGGAGAUGUACUGCCGAGAACUGACGGAGAGGUUUGAAGAUGUCUGGGUGGUGUCUGGCCCGCUGACUGUCCCUCAGACUGGAAGCGACGGGAAGAAGACCGUUAGUUACCAGGUGAUCGGCGAGGAUAAUGUGGCGGUCCCCUCGCACCUUUACAAGGUGAUCCUGGCUCGCAGAAGCCCCGCCUCCACCGAACCGCUGGCCCUGGGGGCCUUCGUGGUGCCCAAUGAAGCCAUUGGCUUCCAGCGCCAGUUAAGUGAGUUCCAGGUGAGCCUUCAGGACCUGGAGAAGUUGUCAGGCCUGGUGUUCUUUCCGCAUGUGGAUAGAGCCAGCGGCGUCAGCAACAUCUGCUCCGUGGACACCUGCAGGCUUCUGGAUUUCCGGGAGUUCACUCUGUACCUGAGCACACGAAAGCUCGAGGGAGCCCGGUCGGUGCCCAGACUGGAGAAGGUCCUGGAACAUCUGAAGAACGCAGGGGUUGAACCAGAUGAUUACUUCAUGAGCCGCUAUCAGAAGAAACUAGAAGAACUCAAAGCCAAGGAGCAGUCCAGAGCCCUGAAGGGGAAGCCAUCUUAGCCCGUGUCUCCGGAGAUGCGUGAGGGCGUCGGUAAUGAAGCAGAUCUCAAGUGGACAGAGUUGGCUGAAUUAUCAUCUUUGAUUUAGGACACAUUGUCAUCUUUGGUCCAUGAGUAGUGGCUGUAUUUUACUUAUUUGCUUACUUAUUAAUAUAAUGAACACCAAUGAACCUACCACCAACUUUUUCUGUUCGAUCUAAAGCUUAAGAAUGACUUUUACACUUCUAAGGAUUGUUGUUGUUAUUGUUUAAUCUCUAUUUUUUGUUUUAUCUAGCAGUUUCCUUAUCUGUAAAUAGGCCUAAUGAUGGUACUUAUCUCUUAGUGAGAAUCAAAUGAAUUAAUCUUUGUAAAAUGCUUACAACAGGGUCUGGCAGGUAGUGGGUGCUAUUUAAAUGUUAUUAUUUGUAUUAGGUUAGAUAAAAUUUAUUAACUACAUAUAUAUUAGAUCUCUCAUUGUUUUGUUCUUUCUAUGUGAUUUGUCAAGAACUAAUAAGUGUGGUAAAAAUCUCCCUACAUUAUUACAUUGUUGCCACUUUUUCUUGUCUUUUUUUCUAACAGUUUUUGUUUGAUAUAAGUGCUAUGCAAUCCGAAGCAAAAAUAUGUUUAUAAAGUUUUAUUUUUACUAUAGCUUGGACCUGCUUUAUCUUAAGCUUAUGUUGAAUUCAUCCUUGUUUAAUAUUAACAAAAACACUCUAGUUUUUGUUGUCAUUGUUUGUAUUUGCAUUUGCCUGACAUAUCUUAUUAUUUUACAUUUAAUAUUUCUGAGUGACACCAUUUUGGUUUGUCAUAAAAGCACAUAGCAUGGGGAGCCCGGGGGGCUCAGUUGGUUAAGCUUCCGACUUUGGUUCAGGUCAUGAUCUCCCAGUCUGUGAGUUGGAGCCCUGC